GAUCUCGCCGCGGUGCAUUGUGGUAGCGGGGGGAUAAGAUGGCGGCGGACGCCGCUGCCCUCAACUGGAGGCGGGUUUCUUCCUUCACGGGGCCGGUGCCACGAUCCCGGCACGGACAUCGCGCCGUGGCGAUCCGCGAGCUGGUCAUCAUCUUCGGGGGCGGCAACGAGGGCAUCGCCGAUGAGCUGCAUGUGUACAACACCGCUACAAACCAGUGGUUUCUUCCUGCUGUUAGAGGAGACAUCCCACCAGGCUGUGCAGCUCAUGGAUUUGUCUGUGAUGGUACCAGAAUAUUAGUAUUUGGAGGAAUGGUUGAAUAUGGAAGAUACAGUAAUGACCUAUAUGAAUUACAGGCAAGUCGAUGGCUGUGGAAAAAAGUGAGACCCCAGCAUCCCUCAGCAGGCCUGCCUCCUUGUCCUCGUCUUGGCCACAGCUUUUCUCUGUAUGGUAACAAGUGUUAUUUGUUUGGUGGAUUGGCCAAUGAGAGUGAAGAUUCAAACAAUAACAUUCCCAGGUACCUAAAUGACUUCUAUGAACUGGAACUACAGCAUGGUUCAGGAGUUGUGGGUUGGAGCAUUCCGGUGACCAAAGGGAUGUUACCUUCUCCCCGUGAAUCGCACACAGCCGUCAUGUACUGCAGAAAAGACUCGGGAAACCCAAAGAUGUUUAUUUUUGGAGGGAUGUCUGGCUGUCGCCUUAAUGACCUGUGGGAGCUUGACAUAGAAACAAUGACUUGGUCGAAACCAGAAACUAAAGGGACAGUGCCCCUUCCCCGUAGUCUCCAUACAGCCAAUGUAAUAGGAAACAAAAUGUACAUUUUUGGUGGCUGGAUCCCACAGAGCGCAGAUAAUAAUCAGUCUUCUCAAGAUGGUGAAUGGAAAUGUACUGGGUCUUUUUCUUACCUAAAUUUAGAUACCACAGAAUGGAUAAACUUAAUCUCAGAUUGCCAAGAAGACAAGAAUAACCUGCUGCCAGGCCCAAGAGCUGGCCAUUGUACUGUUAUAGUUGGCACUCGCCUGUACAUAUGGAGUGGCAGAGAUGGCUACCGAAAAGCUUGGAACAAUCAAGUUUGCUGCAAAGAUCUUUGGUAUUUAGAUACAGAGAAACCACCAGCACCUUCGCAGGUCCAGCUGAUCAGAGCAACUACGAAUUCUUUUCAAGUGAAGUGGGAUGAAGUCCCUACAGUUGAAGGGUAUCUUCUUCAGUUGCAUACAGAUAUGCCAGCACCUGUUGUGGCUGAAAUACCUGUUACUAUGGUACCUGAAGCACCAUUGCCAAGUACACAAGGAAUCAAGCUGGAUCUUCACAGCCAAACUCUUAAUAAGGUCCCUAACAGUGUGCAAGUUUCCGUUUCAGAAACUAAAGUAAAAGUUGCAGAACCUGAGCAUGCGAAGAAAAACCAUUCCAUUUCCAAAGAGGCCAAUGCCCUUUUAUGCUUGCCUGCUAGCACUUUAGGUCCACAGCUCUCAGCAACUGUAAAUGAAUUGCUUGACUUUGAUACAAGAACUGCAAAAUCUGACACGUCCGUAUCCGGUAUUGUCUCCACCACGCAGACUAUGGUAACCCAGCAGGCUGUUAAAAAUGAGUCAUCAAGUACAAAUGGGACAGUUGUAAAAGAUGAAACUUCACUAACAACAGUCAGUUCAAAACCUGAAGUUAAAGAGACGGCAGUUCCCUCAACUAGAGUCUCUUCUGUUAGUCCAGAUGAUUCAGCAAUACAGUUGCCUAAAACUUCUCCACUGAGACAGAAUGCAAGAGUGAGAACGCGAGAACGAACAUGGUACGAUGUUGGCAUCUUUCAAAGCAACAGUGCUUUAGUGAACCAGUUCUAUUUGUUGCCAGAAGAAAAAAUCAUACUGUCUAGCAAGGGAGAGAACAUGGAUGUUCCAAAUUACAGUUUACUUAAGAAACAGGAUCUUGCGCCUGGCACUUUAUACAGGUUCAGGGUUGCUGCAAUUAACGGCUGUGGUGUUGGGCCAUUCAGUAAAGUCAGUGAAUUUAAAACCUGUAUCCCUGGAUUUCCUGGAGCACCUUCCAUUGUCAAAAUUAGCAAGAGCGCAGACUGUAUUCACCUUUCAUGGGAGCCUCCUGUUUCACCUUCAGGAAAUAUCUUGGAAUAUUCCGCCUACUUGGCUAUAAAAACCACUCAACUCCAUGAAAAUCCCAACCAACUUAUGUUUAUGAAAAUAUAUUGUGGUCUUAAGACCUCUUGUACAGUGACUGCUGCCCAGCUUGCGAACGCUCAUGUUGAUCACACCUCCAAACCUGCCAUUGUGUUCAGGAUCUCAGCGAAGAAUGAGCGGGGAUAUGGUCCAGCCACCCAAGUUCGAUGGCUCCAAGAAACAAAAACGUCAAGUUCCAAAUAGAAGCAGCACAUCAUACUGCAGGCUGUGGAGUUGCAGUUAGAACUCAUGAUAUUUUGUACAACCUCCAAAUACUUUAUUUUUACAUUUUAACUUGACGGCAUCAAUGUUUUUGCAGAAUUGAACCUAUACUGACUGCAUUUUUCAUGCCACUUUAUUCAGUAUUCUCCACGUUUAGAGUUCCUGGUGUACCAGAGGGUACACAUCUAAAUGCAUGGAGAGUCUUCCUCUUCAGUAGCUCCCAACACAUAGCUGUAGACUCCCAAGUGCAUUUUAAACUUCCCUGAGGUUCAAGAAUAGGAUUGGGAUUUGGCAUGAGAAUUGCUGCUUUAAAGGCAAGUUUUAUCCAGGGGUAUAUAGCAUGUGUCAGCUCCAAGAAGUGUAAAGUUUGGAGGUUCCAUUUGGGAAGGUGCUGAAGACGUUCUAAAAAACUUUGGGUGUUGGCGCCCCCUGUGGAUCAUGGAACUAUUGCAGCACAAGUUGUCUGAGGACUGCAAUAAAUUUGUGGCAUUGCAGAUGCUGAAGGUAACUUAUUUAUCACAAUAAUUGCCUUUUUAUAUUUAGUGGAAAGUAUCCACAGGAGUCCUGUUCCUGUUGUGGAAAACAAGUAUUUGCUCCAUAGUAAGGAUUCCUGUUCCAGGCUGAGGACAACUGUGACCCUAUGUUGAUGAUUGAAUCACAAUUUUACAGUGAUCAUUUUAGUGAACCAGGUUUGCUUCCAAUGUAUAGUUUUGCUAUGUGGGUGUAUGCUCCAAUUGCCUUCUAGAAAACUAGAAAGCAUGGGAAGGGGAUAGAUUAUAUAUAAGAUGUUUAAUUCUCCCCGUGUUCUUAAAUUCUCUGGUGGGAGUGACUUUCAUGGAGCACUGUUGUACGUGAGAACUAUCAUAUGGGGAAAGUCCCUGCACAGCCCCUGCUCUGCUGCACAGUUGUAUCCAAACAGGGAUUCGAAGACGAUAUUUGCUUAAGAUGGUGGUUAGUUGAAGAAUGAGCAACUUGUGCCGUGAGGAAGGGCCGCUCUCAUUUGCCACUUCAGACACCAGGGUCAACCUGCAAUGUCCACUUUAAUGCCCUUUUGGACUCUGCCCGUAUUGCAAGGCUUGCUGGGAAGUGUGAUGGCAAUGGAGGCAGGGGCUGAACGCAAGAAGCCGUCCUAGAAUGUCAGACCAUUGGUCCAUCUAGCUUGGUAUUAGCUACACUGACUGGCAGUGGCUCUCGAGGGCUUCAGACUGGAGUCUUUCUUAACCCUACCUGGAGAUGCCAGAGGUUGAACCUGAAACCUUCUGCAUGCAAAGCAGGUGUUCUACCAUUGAGCAACAUGUCUCCCUCCCCACACACCCCACACACCAUGGGGGGGUUAUGGUAGGCUCUGGCCAUUAUCAACUGAAGUGAUGUGAUCCCAGAGGGGCAGAUCUUCCACCAAACUCUGACCACCUGGCAGGACAGAGUGACAACACAGAAUCAGGUGCAAUCCUGAAGACUCACAGGCUGCACCAAAUGCAAUCCGAGAGAUACAGGAGGUCAUUAAUGAGCAGAAGUUAAUUAAUCGUCAUUAAUGAGCAUAAUGUCUUGAUCAUUAUGCAGUUCCAUUCUCUUUUGGCUUCUAUUCCAUAGUCAUCAUGUUAUUUUAGGCAAACAUUUUAUUUUACAGUAACUUUGAAUGUAUAGAAUAUUUUAAUAUAUUCAUUUUUGUAAAGAAUUUUCUAGUGUUUGUAAACACAUAUUCUAAUCUUUGAAAGUAUCCCCUGAUUAUAUGCAAAUUGAUAAACUAGUCGUUAUAAAAAAGCAAACUCAGUGUAAAUGCACUACUAUUAGUUUCUUGUGGGCAUAGACAUGUUAAAUCAAUAGAUAUUUUGAAUGUUUACAAGAGUCUUUACACAUUUAAAAUCCUCCAUGAUGAAUGUCUCAUUUGAAAAGGAAAAGAAAACUGUAUGCUUCUGUUUUGGCAUAUUCAUGCUAUUUUGCACUAAUAAGGAUUUUAACUCUGUAACGGUUGUGUUGCUUCCAGAAAAAUUCUGUAGUAGUCUAGAACAUAAAGCAGUUUUGCACAUAUCUGCAUGCUUUUAUGGCAUACAUUUUUCUUUUUCCUGUUUUCUCAAGGAUUUGUUUUCCCCUAAAUUUCAUAUUGUAAGAGUGGUGUUUAACAUUCUGAUUUACCUAAGCAUCUUCUCACUAAUGUGCCAGCUGCUUCAGUCCCUCACUAUACUUUUUCCUACACAGGGACAGAGGAAAACCAUAUAUGCAUAAAGCAGACCCUUGACUGCUCACACAGGACUGUCUAUGCAGUGAACAUACAUGUGUUUCCCUACUCCGUGUAGCAAAAAUGUGUGUGAAGCAGCCCUUAAUAGGAAUGUUAAUCUGUUCCUAAAUGAACAAAUGUACUAACAGAAGCAUUUGGAUGCCUUUUUAUGGAUAACUAGUUGUUUACAAAAGUAAAAUGGUUGAAUUAUUUUAAUUCAGCACUUGGUGAAUAUACAUAAAGUACAUUAGGUGAAUAUAGCAUAAAGGCACAAUCCAACAGGAACACCUUUUUGUGAACAGUUGCAGUCAUUACAUUCAGUUCAACAGGCCUUGUGUUGGCUCCUGUAGAUUGCACCCUUUGGUGUCGAAAUCAAAUUAUUUUUUUCCUCUUUGAAACAUGGUUAGACACAUGUGCAAUAAAGUGAAUAUUUUUGCACUUCAUUUUUUCCAUCAAUGCCUAAUAAGUGAAGAUGGGAAGUACUUGAUCUACGAGAUCAGUUUUUAUAAGUGGAUUAUGGUAAUGUUAGUGCUUUACAAUCAUUCCUUGUUCAUCCUCAUUGAACUUCUUUGCAGGAGGCCACAUGUACUCCAUUUACAGACAGGGAAACUGAGGUCAAGAGACAGUUACUUGCUCGAGGUCACACAGUGAGUCCAUGGCUUAUGUAAGACUUGACCCCAGCUCCUCCAGCUUUGUCCCCAGCACUGAUUAACAUGGUGAGGGAGUGUGUGUGAGUGUGUGAGAGAGAGCUGGUUAGAUAAUUGCCAAGAAGAGAUUCAAUAGAUCAGAACAAGGCAAUGUGAUUGGCCAAAUCAUACCAGUGUGACAGUAGAAAUGCUGAUGCAGCCUUAAGUACUGCAGCACAAUCUGUAAUGCCAUGAAAAAAUGGGAAAAAAAUUUAAGCCUUGUUGAAUUGAGAAUAAUAAGUAGCACUUUCUGUUGGUAAUUUCCCUAAGACAGACUGGAAGGAAAAGAAGACAUUGCUCAGCUUUGUAUGUAGCAGCAAGAGCUGGUCACAGAUCAUCUGAGGCUUGGUAAAUUUUACACUUCAAGCUGACAAACUGCCCAUUUAAUUACAGACAAUUAAAUAGGUCAUGCAUCAGUUUCAUUAAAGAAAUUACAUUAACUUUUUCUGAGAUGUCAGAAAAGGGAUAUCCGUUUUUAUACUACCUAAAGAGCUGAGUAUGUACAUACACAAAGUAAAACUGGUGGAUAUUCUUCCACCUGAUGCAUAUAUAAAAUACCCAUAUCGGAAAAAGUAUAUGAAGCAGCCAUAAGAUUAUGAUUAUUCUACAAUAAUACCGUAGGUGGUUCUUACUCGUACUGUGAAAUAAAUACUUCAGAAAACCUUUAUGGCCAUGUCCUUCAAAGCAGGUGGCUUUCUUGAGGAAGUGCAUGUGGUUGCCAGGAUUGUGUUCUUCCCUGAAUUGUCAUAGACAAGCAGUGUGCUUCCCUCUACCUUGGUCACCAGACACUACUUCCAACUCUGGACUGGAUCCAGAUCUGCUAAUGGCCAUGGGGUUGUAAAGAAGUACCUUUUCAUAUUAAAGAAGCAGCUCAACCCAGGGAUUUAUUUAAAGAACAACAAACUUCUUGAGUUAUGGAGACGAGCUGCAACAGAAUGUGAGAAUUCUUGUUCUAUGGCUACUUAGCUACUAAUAACUUUUGAUUGUAGAUAUAUUACUUAACAAUAUAAUCUGUUGGGUAUAUCUGUGAGUAUUUUGCACUUUGAGUUCAUGUAUUUCUGCACUUGUUUUCAAGGGUAUAUCAUGACUACCAAAGGUAAAUUUGUGGCUGUGUUAAUCCAGACAAGAUUUCUAGUGUGAGUGUUUUUAUGCCAAUAGACUAUAUAUAAUUUGUCAUGUCUACAGUCUUUUCCUCACCUCAUAUACAUCCAAUUAGUAACUUGCAUACCAGUUGUUUCUGUAGUUCCCCCUUAAGAUGAAAUGACAUUGUAUAACUACUUUUUGUGGCCUGCUUCUCUUAAUAGCACUUGAAAUGUGUAAAUUCCAAUCUAAAUUUUAUAUUUGAAAUCUAUUGUUUAAAAGUAUCUAAUCAAAAUACUUGGCUAUCUGACCCUCUAAGUUAACUUCAAAUAUACAUUAAAUCAGGCUAUCUGAGAAACUGGUGAAAGCUCUCUUUUGUUUGCCUUUUGGAAAAAAACCAGAAACAUGUAACAUCUUAUAUAAAUCUGAAUCCAUCCUGUAGAAGUUUCAAGGAAUAAUAAACUUGGUAUAAAAGUUAUAAGUAGAAAAGUCCAUACUAUCUGACAUACUGCAUCAAUUUAACUUAAGAUGUUUUGUGACAAUAUCUAGCUAUGUGAACAAGAAAUUUAUGUAUGAUUUAUAGCAAUACUUGGACAUAGUUUUGAAGUAGAGAAUAUCAGCCAGCCACAGACUUUUAACAAAAGGAAACAAUACCAUAGUUAACUGGAAUGUCGAGAUGGUUUAAAGCCAGCUAGUAAUUGUCUUAUGGCCUAUGACUGAAAUGGUCUCUACAGAGAAAUCCAGUAUUUUGUACAACAAAAGUAGCAUUGUUCUCUCUUUGUUAUAAUAAAGUGAUUUGUCCUACUAA